AUGCCUACUUGGACGCUUGCGAUGUGGCGAUUGCAGGGACAGUCAUGGUUCGUCGAGCCCCUAAGGAGGUAUUACGAAUGGAGAAGGAUUGCUGGUUGGAGGGCAGAAAUACACCGACAACGUCUGGCUAGGAAGGCGCCGACAGAUCCUUUGCGGGCAGCAUUGCAUGAAUGGGGUGAUGCACAGAAUGAUCUAGUCCAGUACUUGGAGCGACAAGAAGUGCCACUCACGGAACUUUUACCUUGGUGGAAGACACGGUCGACAAGGACAACAAAAGGUAAAAAGCUGUCUAUUCAGCUGCUCAACGAGAAGUUGGCCAGGGCUCCAGCAGUCUGUGACAAGCGCAAGGGUGUGGUUGUAGCAUCUAGGGACCAGACUAUCAAAAGGCCAAAUUCAAAUCACAAGAGCCAGAAUAAUCAAAUAUUGAGUUUUGGAAUUAGGAUCGGAAUAUAA